GACUUGCAUCAAACGAUCACACAGAACUAAUCGGAGCACCAUUUCAUAUCUAUGUAUCUGAUUUUUUUUUUGGAGCGAAAUCUAUGUAUCUGAUGUGAUGCAGCUCAAUACUCCGGCGGGAACAUCGAUGAAGCAGGAAGAACUCUCGCCUUCGCCGUCGGCGUCGCAGCAGUUGCGUUGCUUCAUGGUGUUGCGGCCUGACACCUGUUGGUUGAUCCAUGCUGUCUGAGGAAGGCCCGUACAAGCCCAGAUGAAUAAAGCCUGUGGAACGAAACUAUGGGCCACGAGCAGGCCUCCUAAGCUGCUUGGUUUGUGUCGAUGUUGUUGUUUUUUUGCGACUUUAGUUUGUGUCGAUUUGAUUUGUUUGAUUGUUGAGAUGGGAAGUCAGGAUCCUGUUGACCAUUGACUUUCCGGUAGCCCACAUCAGCUUCGGUUCUUCCUCCCACCUUCCCCCCUUCCUUUCCCCAUCAGGCCAUCAGUCCAUCACCAUUGACACUCUGACUUCAUUGCAAAACUUGGCGAUCAAGAUUCCUAAGCCCCAAUCAGUGUCUGAUGUGGUCAAACAGAGUUGGCGCCUGCUCUGCCUGAUUCCAUCUAUAAAAACACAGGCCACACUAGCUGCUGCGGAGCUUGUUACGUGCCAAUCCCUAGACCCGCAACUCAGCUGCAAGAAGUAGCAACAGAAAAUGGAGCAGGGCAAAGGAGAAGGAGCGCAGCCCGCGAAGACAGCCGUGGAGGUGACCCUCCGGCCGUUCACCCUGGCCGACGUGGACGCGAUGAUGGCGUGGGCGUCGGACCCAGUGGUGGCCGCGCCCUGCCGCUGGGAGCCCUACGAGUCCACGGAGCCCCUGCUGGCCUUCAUCAAGGACACCGUGCUCCCGCACCCCUGGUUCCGCGCGAUCUGCCUCUCCGGCUCCGGCGACGGCGACGGCCGCCCCGUGGGCGCGCUGUCCGUGUCGCCGACGGCGGACGCGUGCCGCGCCGAGCUGGGCUACGUGCUGGCUCGCGCGCACUGGGGCAAGGGCGUGGCCACGGCGGCCGUGCGGCGCGCGCUGGGCGCGGUGUUCGAAGAGGUGGAGGGGCUGGAGCGCGUGGAGGCGCUCGUGGACGCGCGCAACGCGGCGUCGCAGCGGGUGCUGGAGAAGGCCGGGUUCACGCGGGAGGCCCUGCUCCGGCGGUACUGCGUGCUCAAGGGCGACGUCAAGGACAUGGUCAUCUACAGCUUCGUCUCCACUGACCCGCUGCCGCCUGCCGCUGCUUGAUUGCCAUGUAUGAUGAUGUCGUAUUUGUUCAGUUUCAGUGGAACUCUAGUAGCAGUACUCUGUACUCCCCCUUUUCUCCCCAUUGUUUGAUUAAUUGUCCCUAUACACGAAAGAUAAGACAGUUCUUUUGUUGCUCUA